GUUACGGAGACACGUUUACUAGUCCAUUGGCAAGGUCGAGAGGUGCUGGACAGCAGUUUAUAUUGCGAGUCGUUGUGCCCGCGCCUGACCAAUACUCGCGUCGUAUUCGUAGCGCAUGCGUGCAUCCGAUAACUCAAUAGGUUCAUCAUGCAGGUUCUAUAACACGUAAUUUAAAUAUGUGUGCUUAUUAUGUUAGUUGACGUGAGCCGCUAACUGUGCCAGUGCAGUGAUUGUUUAAUUCAUGAUUACAUGAGUGUCAAGUGUUGUUUUUUUUUCGGAUUUUUUAGCGUGGAAUGAAGAAUACAAGGUCAAAUCAUGCAAUGGUUAUUCUUCUUGCUUCUCAUCUCAGCUGUCAAAGCUCAAUUUGACACUCGGAGAUUUUUAGACUACUGGACUGAUUUAUUUCGACCCCUACCUCGCAAUCCUAGGGAAGGAUUCGUCCCAGACUACACACCAAAACCUCAAGAAGAAUUUGACUUCAUAGUCAUAGGAGCCGGGUCCGCAGGUUCUGUAGUAGCUAACCGAUUAACAGAAGUACCACAAUGGAAAGUCUUACUCAUAGAAGCAGGAGGAAACGAGAACUUCUUUUCCGACAUUCCCAUAUUUGCACCAUUCCUUUCCCUGACUGGUAUGAACUGGGGUUACAAUUCAAUGCCAGAACCCAGAGCCUGCAGAGAUCUAAGAGGAAAGGUUUGCUUCUUACCGCGAGGCAGGGUGCUGGGCGGUAGCAGUGUACUCAACUUUUUAAUCUAUCAACGUGGCCAUCCGGAAGAUUACAAUGACUGGGCUAGAAUGGGCAACGACGGUUGGAGCUACAAGGAAAUACUUCCAUACUUCAAAAAGUCCGAAAAUAUAGGCGUUAGAGAAUUAAGGAAUUCUUCAUACCAUGGCGUUGGUGGAUACUUAGAUAUUGAGUACUCGCCGUACCAUUCACCUCUUGAGAAGCCAUUCAAACAAGCCGGUGAAGAACUUGGUUACGAAUGGAGGGAUCCGAACGGAGAAAAUUUAAUUGGUUUCUCAAAACCGCAAGCAACAAUGCGAAAAGGUAGAAGGUGCAGUUCAUCAAAAGCGUUCAUAGAACCAAUACGCUUUAGGCCUAAUUUAAAAGUUACGAAAUUUUCUACCGUAUCGAAAAUUUUAAUAGACCCGUACACUAAAACCGCUACCGGAGUUGAAUUCACGAAGCGUAAUAUGAGUAUACAAGUACGGGCUCGUCGUGAAGUGAUUUCAUCCGCAGGAACUAUCGGCUCGGCUCAGCUGCUGAUGGUAUCUGGAAUAGGACCGGAGGACCAUUUAAUGGAAUUUGGAAUACCAGUGGUAGCUGACCUUCCUGUAGGUUACAAUCUUCAAGACCACGUCACGUUUUCUGGAAACGCUUUCAUCGUCAACCAAACUGGGAUGACUAUGAAUGACUUGGCUGCCGCUUCCCCUUUCGUAGCAGCUGCAUACAUGCAAGGACGAGGCCCACUGACCCUGCCAGGUGGAGCCACUGGACUUGCCUUCGUGCACACAAAGCAUUCAUACGAUGAGGAUCAGACCAGACCUGACAUAGAAUUGGUCAUGGGAGCUGGUUCCCUAGCUGGAGAUGCUAUGGGGAUACUGCGGUCUUUGCUUGGAGUGACGGACGAGUGGUACCGAGCCGUGUAUCGGUCUUUGCCGAUCGGAGCAAGGAUGCGGACAUUUGCCAUAAACCCCGUGCUAAUCCGACCGAACAGCGUUGGCCGAUUAAUGCUCCGAAGCCCGAACUUCACCGACCAUCCCCGAAUCCAUUUAAACUAUUUCGCUGAUCCGAACGAUUUGCGAACUAUGAUCGAAGGUGUUCGUAUGGUACAAAAAAUAAUUGGUACGAAAGCGUUCCAGCGUUAUAAUACUAAAUUACACACAACACCGUUUCCCGGCUGCGAGGCUUUGUUGUUCGACUCGGAUGAAUACUGGGAGUGUGCUAUUAUGCAGACUUCCAUCACAUUAGACCAUCAAGUAGGCACGUGCAAAAUGGCUCCAGCUGGUGAUCCAACAGGCGUAGUCUCACCAAGACUUCAGGUCCAUGGAAUUAAAGGACUGAGAGUAGCUGACGCCUCCAUAAUGCCACGGAUACCCGCCGCACACACGCACGCCGCCGCUGUCAUGAUUGGAGAGAAGGCUUCAGACCUUAUCAAAGAAGAUUGGGGUAUUUCUACCCUGACCAACAAGUUAUAAUAUUCAGUACUAAAUAGCCUGAUAUAUCUAAAUGUUUUAUGGUUUCAUCACGUAACAUUUUGCGAGGUAACUCGACUCGUUUCGAGCCACGCUGUGGGCUCAUAGUCAUGAGUUGUAAAUUACGUGAGUAACCUGUAGCUGCUGUAAAACAUAAUUAGUUAUUUAUUGUUGUUCUGAACAGCGUUGUAAUAUUUAACGUUUAUUGAGAAGUUAUAAUUAAUUAGUGUAUGUAGGUAGAUAGUGAGUAGGAAUAAAUAUCAUAAAUCUAGUCAAUUCAUUGUACCAAAUAUACAGUACUAGUUAUUAAUUAAAAACAAACUCAGUGAAUUCAGUGCCUAUAAUAAAUAAAAUUGUGCAAAUAAAUAAGUUAAAGAAAUUAAAAUUAAAUAAGACAUGUUCGAAUUGAAUAAAAUGUAACACCUAGUGACAUCUAUCGUUGAGUUCGUGGUAUCGCUGGAACCCUUAAUCACAGAAUAAUAGGUACAAGUACAGAAGCACCACUUCCCGUAACAAUUCAAACUUAUAAGAAACUCUUGCUACUAAGCAACAAAGUUCAAUGCAGCUCGCAUAAGCGCUCAGUACCUACCGAGAUAUUCACCUAAGUAUGCCUUAAUUUUAUGCAGGUACUGUUGUUGUCUGUAGGUGUUUACAGUAUUACGUCUCACGAUAGUUAUUUUAUUAUAAAAACAUAGUGUUAUAACCAUUACUAGUUACCCGCUCAUUUUGGACAUACGAGUGUAACUCAAAUAAAUACAGUACAGAAGAAUCCGUUUAUUAUGACUCCGCCUAUAUUGACCAACCGGUUAUUAUAACGUAAUUGCAUGACGAAGUUUGGUUUUCAUAUAAAAUUCUUUAUAAAAAAGUCGGAUAUAAUGACUUCCCUUACAGUGACAUGCCGCUUUAUAUGACCCAUUUUUAAUAAAUUAUGUCCGGUUAUAAUGACCGGCACGAUUCUUUACCUUCAAUAAUGUUCGUUAAUUCCCGACGACGUUCGGCACGUGCCUAGUUUUUGUUUUGAAUCUCAGUGAGUAAUUGCAGAAUUAUUAUCACGAUUUGUCCACAGCAAUAUUGAAAAUGAUAAUUUGACCAUAGCUAUGUCUUCUAUACACAAUAGUGUGAGAGUCUGUUUUUACAAUAAAAUGAAGAAACAAAAGCAGACAAAAAUUACAGAUUACUUACAAUAAAAAAUACACUUGUAUGUGUUAUUAUAAUAAUCUGCUGAUUACGUGCAAUUUUGAUUUUGAUUUAAUAUGGUCUUACACAUAUGCAAAUAUACUAUGUUUCUGUAUUAAAAUACUUAAUACAUACAUA